AUGGCGGCUACCAGAAGGCUACAAAAAGAACUGGGAGAUAUACGGUCAUCAGGAAUCAAAGCCUUCAGGGAUAUUCAAGUCGAUGAAACUAAUAUGCUUACUUGGCAGGGGCUAAUUGUGCCCGAUAAUCCUCCUUACAAUAAAGGUGCCUUUAGAAUUGAAAUAAAUUUUCCUGCUGAAUAUCCAUUUAAACCCCCAAAAAUUAAUUUCAAAACAAAAAUAUAUCAUCCAAAUAUCGAUGAAAAAGGACAAGUAUGUUUACCAAUUAUUUUUGCUGAAAAUUGGAAGCCAGCUACUAAAACUGAUCAAGUUAUUCAAGCAUUAGUCGCAUUGGUUAAUGACCCAGAACCAGAACAUCCACUUCGAACUGAAUUAGCUGAAGAAUUUUUAAAAGAUAAAAAAAAAUUCAUUAAAAAUGCUGAAGAAUUUACUAAAAAGCAUAGUGAAAAACGGCCAUCAUUUUCAGAUUAA